GCAUGCGGUGCGACGGCUCUUGGGGCGGAAGUCCGGAGUUGAAGGCCUUUGUGGAUCAACACCAGGCCUUCAAGAUUGUCGUCGAAAACUUCUCUCCCGUCACCGGCCUCUACCUGGGAAGCACCACCUUCGUGCCUGAAAAUGGACAUGAUCGGGAUUUGAGGGUUGCCAGGCUGGCGUAUGUGGGACGGAACCACUUCAAUUUGGUUCUCGAAUUGGGUGAUCCGGAGCCACACCCGCCGCCUGGCAUCGCUCGGCCCGAUGAUGCUCCGGCACAAAAGGCAGCCAAGAAGAAAGCUGCGAAGAAGGGCAAGACCGACGACAAGCCGCACGCGCCGCCUGUCAUCGCUCAGCCCAAGGAUGCUCAAAAAGCAGCAAAGAAGAAGGCUGCAAAGAAGGAAGAGGCCGAGAGCGACAAGCCCCCCAAGAACGAUGCCAAGACUUCACGGGCAUCUGUGGUGAGGCCCAGGCUGAUCCACAAAGAUGACAUCGCGCCGGACAUGGACCCUCAAAUCUCCGCGGCGCCCGAGUCAGGUCGGAAACGGGCCAGGGAGGCGUGGAAAGCAUCUGGCGUUCAUCUGUCCGCAGACAAGGCCUGGUUCAUGGAAGGCUGUCCGGACGAGGAGGGCGUGAGACAGCGGCGGGCGCGCAUGACCGAUGCCGGCGCGAACAUUGCGUGGGAUCGGGUCAUGCUUUUGGUCCAGUUCACGGAUGUCAACAUGGGGGCUUGGGAGGAGUGGGGCACCUUGCCUGCGUUGAUUUGUCAAGGUUAUCCGUCUCCCGGCAUGCUGGGCACGGUCGUUCACUACCUUGCCUUGCGGCAUGUGACGGCCUUUCUUGACUACUACACGUGGACUGACCGUGUUACCAAGAAUCGAGAGGGGCCGUACACAACGGGGUGGAUUGUGACCCUGCAGCGGUCCAUUUCCGCGCUCAAGUCGUUCAUCAAUCCAGACUAUUUGCCGGAAUGGAGCCGCAAAUUCAAGCAGGCGGUCGCGAACGCCAAGGCGGAGCUCCAGCGCAGAUCCGCGCUGUUCCGCCGUAGGGACGAUUUGUGGGAGGAUGACGCAGACGUCCCUGAGGGUGGACGGAUGGUCCGUAGGCCCCAGAUUACGUUCGCCGAU